CAGAUCCCGAGUGCAGAAGGGUCGGCGUCGGAGUAGCAGCCAUGCAGAUGACCGACGGGGAGUGGAACAUGACAGCCGGCACGAUGGCAGAUCUACCUGGGCGGCGGCAGACGGUGCCGAGGGCAGAGCCCGCAGCUUUCGCGAUCGCGACCGAAGAGACUAUUGGACAUAUCGCCUACGUCACGGACCACUACCCGUUGCUCAACGCUUGGAAUAAAGGCAAAGCACGAGACCCAGCGGUAGGAAUGCAGAUAUGGGCACGCAUCAAGCGAGCCAUCAUGGUGAAUGAGCAGCGGCACAUCGAGGUGGUGCGAGCACCUUCCCAUCAGGGCGGCGACGAGGCGGAAGUGGUCAACCCGAGUUUCGCGGUGGGCAACUGCUUCGCGGAUGCACUGGCGACAGUGGCAGCAGAGGCGUCUUGGGAAAGGGUACGUCAACCGCUGCCGCGCACGGACGAGCGGGGCGCGAUUUGCGCCAAAGUUCGACUCCGAGCACGACGAGCGCUGGCCGACUCAGCGGACGCUGAUCCUUGGUGCGCCGAACAACCGUCGACAGCCAAGCUCAAAGUAAAUAUCGGUAAAGCGAAAGUCAUGGCCGAGAAGUCAAAUCACGACAUGGCCAAGCUAAAGCAUAAGUGGUUUUGCACGGCUUGCAGGCAGCGCGUUACCGCGGACGCCCUGCAGGAGUCCGCGGACACCGUGCGAGACCACCUUCGUCACCGCCAGUGA